AUGGAAAACCAGUCUUCAUCCGAGAGAAAUUCCAGAUUUAUUCAAACAUUAUGGCUGACCUAUGCUUUUUCCAUGAAUGGAUUUAAUAAUGGCAUAUUGGGACCGGCGUUACUAGACCUACAGUUCCUGGUAAAGGUCAAUCUAGAUACUAUCAGUAAUCUGUUUAUUGUGUCAGGGGUCGGCUUUAUUAUUGGUAAUGUAACAGCGAUGGUACUGAAAAAAUACGUCGAUACAGAAUUAUUUCUAGGUCUCUCUGUGUUAUUUGGUAGUGUUAUUAAUAUUGUAUUACUAGUCGUACCUGUCUAUGCAUAUGUCGUCAUCAUGACACUGCUUCAAGGGAUAUUUAAAGGUGUUAUUGGUUUUUGUGUUUUGAUAAUGUGUAAUGUUAUAUGGAAGGAUAAUAAGAGUUUCGCAUUUCAAUUUGUUUGUAUAGGAGGUGGAAUAUCAUCCUUUAUAGUACCAUUUAUAGCUAAACCCUUUCUAUCAGAGACACAUUUUAAACACAGUACUGACAGUGAUGUGUAUACCGAAUGUCAGAAUACAACCAACCCUCCACUGAGUGCCGACUGCUACACCUUCGAAAAUACCAACGUACAGUGGGCGUAUGUUAUUGUUGGCUUAAUAAUGAUCCCACCAGCUAUAAGUUUUUUAUAUUAUUACCAUCGAUCUAGAAAACAAACUAAUGUACCAUACGAAGAGUUCGAUAACGAAACGAAACCUUCUAAAGCGUCCAUGAUCAACAACCAGAGUACUUAUUUUUUUCUGGUCCUGCUGUUCAUAUUCCAUAUCCCAAUCUUCGGAUUCUGUUUAGCGUUCGGCGGUCUUUUGACAGAAUUCGGUGUUAUAAGCGACUUUCAUUACACAAAAAGUACUAUGGCAAUAAUGACUUCAAUGUACUGGGGCUCGUUUGUGUUCGGUAGAAUUGUGAACUUAAUAUUUUCACAGUAUAUUAAUCUGUUUGUGGUAUUGACCGUGAAUUUGGCUGGACUGCUGUGUGCUACGACCAUGCUAGUUUUGGCAACAGUAAGCCGACCGAUUAUCUUCUGGAUUGGAACUGUGCUUAUCGGAUUGUUUUCGUCGUCGUUGUUGCCCACUGCAUUAGUUUGGAGUGAUAAAUACGUUCCUGUGAGUGGUUUUACUAUAACGACCACUCUGAUAGCGUCUGGAAUGGGUGAUAUCGUGUUACCGCGUAUUGGUGGAGCAGUUUUCGACACGGAAGGUCCUCCUUCGUUGAUGAUCAUGAUGCUCGUUGCAGCACUAUUUGAACUUGCUUUCUUUAUCGGAUUAGCUCUGGUAGGAAAUUCCUUAGUGAUUAAAAGUCAACCUUCUGAAGACGAACAAUCAAAACAGAUUGUGAAAGAAGAACAUUAUACACCUUAA